AUGGUCUGGAGCCAGAUCGAGGCAACACCGCCUCAUGUAUCCUAUCUGCUACUGUCGACCUUCUUGAUCAGCUACGUGCUUUUCACAAAGUUCUUGCGAAAUCGUCUUCACCUUUCGGAGCCGCCAAUCGCACUUGUCGUCGGCAUUAUACUUGGACCACAGGUGCUUGGCUGGAUCACUCCCAACUUCUCGAAAGGCAAUUAUGGCAAUCAUGAACCAGGAGAACAUGGCUGGGGAUGGGGAGACAACGUUAUUCAAGAAGUCACCCGUGUCAUCGUAGGCAUUCAAGUCUUCGCAGUCGGCGUGGAGCUACCCAAGUAUUAUGCAUCCAGACAUUGGCGCUCUGUUGCCAUGAUGCUGGGACCAGUAAUGGCCGUCGGUUGGGUCACCUGCGCGUUAUUGGUCUGGCUCAUCUUCAAGACCGACGUCCCAACCGCGAUGGUAGUCGCUGCAUGCUUAACACCUACCGAUCCAGUAUUGGCAGCCAGCAUUCUCUCCAACAGUCAAUUCAGCGUUCGUGUGCCAAAGCGUCUCAAGGACAUGCUCAGCGCCGAAACAGGAGUCAACGAUGGCAUCAGCUUCCCAUUUCUCUACCUCGGACUGUACCUACUUACCCAGCCAACUGGCGACAUGGCUCUCAGAGAUUGGUUCCUCAUCACGAUCUUAUGGCAAUGCGUCUUCGGAACAUUCAUCGGAUUGUGCAUAGGUACAUUCUUCAACUGGACGUUACGCUUCAGCGAGGCACGAGACUACAUCGAUCGUGCUGGGUUCGUGGUGUUCUACCUUCUACUUGCCUUGUUUAGCGUUGGAGUCGGCUCCACGUUGGGAUCGGACGACUUUCUGGUGGCUUUCGGGGCUGGUUAUGGUUUUGCUCGAGAUGGCUGGUUUGCGAAGAAGACCAAGCAGACCGCACUGCCACAGAUCAUUGACCUACUGCUCAACAACGCCAUGUUCGUGUACUUCGGUACCAUUCUGCCCUGGAAAGCUUUCAAGCCUACGGAAAUGACACCAUGGAUCACACCUGGCCGGUUGGUCGGUUUCUCGGUGCUGGUACUGCUACUUAGGCGUAUACCUGUCAUGCUCGCCGUUUACCGCUGGACUCCUGACAUCAAGACUGUUUGGGAGGCACUCUUCUGCGGUCAUUUCGGACCUAUGGGCCUUGGGGCAUUGUUCUUAGCCAUCGAAGCCCGCGCAGUGCUUGAGAACGGCACCAGCGAGCCAGAUGCUCGCCCUCCCGUUUAUGCACCACCUUUCACCAACCGGGAGAAGGCAAUCGAGACUGUCUGGCCUGUCAUCUCGUUCGUCGUCUUCGGCAGUACUCUGGUGCAUGGGUUCAGCGUUCUCGUAUUGAGUAUUGCUUCUCACUUCCGGCGAGACAAGAAGGAUCGAGCUCCACUCAUGGCUGCAGAAACCGAUCCACUUGAUGGCAUGGAACAUGGCAUAGGUGAUGGGGAGAGCGCGGAAGAAGAGACUGAAGAAGAGGACGAAGGCGUGGGUCACCUUUAG